AUGGAGCAGAUCGUGGUCUAUGAGUUCAUGGCCAUUGGCGACCUCGACCGCUGGAUCAGACCCGGCAUAUGCAUUAGCAAUAUCAUGCAUGGCAUUUCAGACAUCUCCCAUACCAAGACCAGCCUCUUUGGAGUGGUGAUGCUGGCGGUGAUCACGGCUCGCAAGGCCAUCUACAACAUCGAGUCCAACCAAGUCAGCCUCAAGCAGUGGGCAGCAGCCCUGGUGGCAGCAGGGGACGUGGCGGCCCUCAAGGACCCGCACCUGCAAGCACCGGACGACCUGGUGCUGCGCAUGGCACGCCUGGCGCUCUCCUGCACCGCCAUGCCCACGGCGUCUCGCCCGGGCAUGAGCCAUGUGCUGGCAGAGCUGCUGCUGCUCAAGGAGGAGUUCUUUGGGGAGGACGAGGACCGCAUGGCUGCCCGCAUCGACCUCGAGAUCGAGAGCUCUGAGCAGGUUGAUUUCAGCUUGGAGCUGGCUCGUCUUCAGGGGAUUCAACAUGGUAGUUAG